AUGGCGGCUGCUUCCACACUCUCACUCGCUCUCACGCCCACCUCUUCAGAUCCAUCGCUUCCCUCUUCCCGCCACAGAUCACGACUCUUCCUUUCCCCUCUUAGUCACAAUCCCCAUUUCCUCUCAUCGCAGAGGUCCCGAUUUCGUCUCAGCCCUAAAUCAUCCUGCACCUCCGCCUCCUCGCAGUCUCCUCCCUCCGUUUCCGAUGAACCCACUAGCAGCAGCGCCUCCGCUGCGUAUUCGAGCCUAGAGGACUGGUUGAAGACAGGGAAUUACAAUUUCCUCAGCAAUGAAGAGCUUCUCAAGCUCCAGAGCCUUCAGGACUUCCGGUAUCGUCGGGAACUGGGAAUCGGGUCUCUUUGCAUUCGGGUGAUGAGGCCGGACGAGACCGAUGUCACUGUCAAGUUGCUCUCCGAGUCCUUUGUGGAGUCCAUGAAGCUGCCAGAUUGGUACUUGCCUUUGGUGAGCUACUUGGUGAAACAGUACUUGUUUGAGAGGCGAGCCGCUAUUCCCCAUGCCGUUACACUUCUAGGGUUCGUUAAAUGGAAAGAUGGCGGCGGAGGCGGGGGUGGAGAGGAAGAAGCGGGGGAGUUAGCUGGGACCGUGGAAAUUUGUUUCAAUAAGAGAGGGGCAAAUGAUUCUCCUCCCACGCCAACACCGCCGAAGGAUUCUCCCUAUAUCUGCAAUAUGACUGUGAACAAGCCACUUCGUAGGAGGGGAAUCGGUUGGAAUCUUUUGAAAGCAAGUGAGGAGUUAAUUUCCCAGAUGAGCUGUGUAAGGGAGGUGUAUUUGCAUUGCAGGAUGGUUGAUUCUGCUCCCUUUAACAUGUAUACAAGAGCAGGGUAUAAUGUUGUUAAGACAGAUAGCAUAUUGGUAUUGCUGCUGUUGCAAAGUCGUAAACAUUUGAUGUUAAAGAAGCUUCCAGUACCGACAAACGAUUUAGAACUUGAAAUGUCAGGCUCUGACCCAGAACAUGUGCAAGUGGGAGCAUAAGUUGCAGCAUAUAUUUCAGAGGAUAUGCUCUGGAUCUUAGUUCUGAGUUUGUUCUGCUCAUCCAGCGGUAAUUGCAAGGGGCAGCAUCACUUUCUUGCUCCAGACUGCAGUGUGUAAUUGAAGCCUAGUUGUACCGGCAUGUUCUUGUUAUCUUGUCAACGCCGGCUAGACAGAAAACCUUAAACAAGAUGAUAUCAAAGCAACAAAUCUUGUUCCCCCAUAGUUGAGGAGAUGAUGGGAGAUAGGACGAAAUGAUUUGUUUAUGUCCCGGCAAAGCAUAUAUUACAUUUACUGUGGCAGGGGAAAUGUUGAUGCUAGGGAAGCAAUAUGCAGAAGAAAACAUUCUUAACAUUGCUUCCAUUUCUUUUUGUUGAUAUCCUUAGCUGUAAGCCUGACUAAUAAUUGACUCAGGAUGCACGUUUCUUCCAUUGCUCUCAGUCUGUUGUAUGUAAUGAAUGCUUGUAUUUCACAAUUACCUUUUCUAUUUAUAAGAGGAGAGGAAGAAAACAUCUUCCUUGUUGAUAAUGCACAGUUGCCCUCUUGUCUUUAAUAAAUAGGCACAACUCUUAUGAGAG